CUUGUCGUCAGUCUGCUGCUGUUUUUAAUGUUGUCAACUCGAUUAUAGGAUCUGGUAUAAUAGGAUUGCCUUAUUCAAUGAAGCAAGCUGGCUUUCCUCUGGGAAUAUUGCUUUUAUUCUGGGUUUCAUAUGUUACAGUACAUUUCCAAAUAACUUGAUAAAAAAUUCACCUGUGAUGGAAGCACGAGCAAGAAAAAAGAAAAAGCACGAAUCACACCCUCUGUGUAGCUGUGUACCCAAUACAACUGCAGUGUCAUUCACUAGGUGUUCAAAAAACAUUGGGUUAAAUGAAAGAGACUUUUAGUUAUAUAUUUCCUGUAUAUUUGUGUCUUCAAUUUCAACACUAAAAGUGGAACUUGGGAAUUCUCUGGCGUUCCAGUGGUUAGGACUCCGAGCUCUUACUGCCAAGGGCACGGUUCAAUCCCUGGUCAGGGUACUAAGAUCCCACAAGCCACACGAUGCGGCCAAAUAAAUAAAUAAACAAAAAGAAAAUUGGCCAUCUCUGUUUUUUUUUAAAAAAAAAAGUGGAACUUAAAUCUCUAAAAUGUAAAUUUCAAAAAAAAAUUCUUAGAGUGCUCUCUUAACUAUAAUAAUAAUAUAGUAAAGUAAACCAUAAUAACUAUAAAGUUACUAGUUGUACUUUGUUAUAAAACAAAUGAUCUGAUUCUCCUAAAUCUAUUUUUUCUUCUGAAUGCUUCCAGCACGUUUUAUUCUCGGUCUUCACACGUUGAACGCCUAUGAGAUAUUGGAUUACCUACAUUCUGUUGCUUGGACAAUUGAGCCACAUCCUGUUAAUAGUCAUCGCACUGGUUAGGUUAAGAAAGUAAAAUGGAAAAUUGAAGCUUUAACUCUAGUCUGCAUACCCUCAUCUGUCCAGUUCAUUGCAUGGAUAUAUGAAGUCUAUUUGCAUCUCGAUUGAAAAAUAUAUAACUGGAAACAGUACAGUUUUAUGAAAGAUAAAGUUUUAUGAAAAGAAAGUAAGACUUGCCAUGCUAAUUUACUGUAGCAUUAAACUCUUCUUUAAAGUUCUUUUUUUCUUUAAGUCAAAACACUAAAAAAAAAAAAUUUGUACUAAAUGUAAUCUGACAUUUGUUUAAUGGUUAUUUUUGCCACAGACUUUUCCCUUGUUUUAUUGAUAAAAGGAGGGGCCCUCUCGGGGACAGACACUUACCAGUCUUUGGUCAAUAAAACUUUUGGCUUUCCAGGAUAUCUCCUACUGUCUGUUCUACAAUUUUUGUAUCCUUUCAUAGCUAUGAUAAGUUACAACAUAAUAACUGGAGAUACUUUGAGCAAAGUUUUCCAAAGAAUCCCUGGAGUUGAUCCUGAAAACUUGCUUAUUGGUCACCAUUUCAUUAUUGUGCUUUCCACUGUUGCCUUUACUCUGCCUUUGUCCUUGUAUCGAGAUAUAGCGAAACUUGGAAAGAUCUCUCUUAUUUCUACAGUUUUAACAACUCUGAUUCUUGGAAUUGUAAUGGCAAGGGUAGUUUCAUUGGGUCCACACAUACCAAAAACAGAAGAUGCCUGGAUAUUUGCAAAGCCCAAUGCUAUUCAGGCUGUUGGUGUAAUGUCGUUUGCAUUUAUUUGCCACCAUAACUGCUUCUUAGUUUAUGGUUCUUUGGAAGAACCCACAGUAGCUAAGUGGUCUCGCAUCAUCCAUGUGUCCACCUUGAUUUCUGUAUUUAUCAGUAUUCUCUUUGCUACAUGCGGAUACUUGACAUUUACUGGCUACACCCAAGGAGACUUAUUUGAAAAUUAUUGCAGAAAUGAUGACUUGGUAACAUUUGGAAGGUUUUGUUAUGGAGUCACUGUCAUUUUGACAUACCCGAUUGAAUGCUUUGUGACUAGAGAGGUAAUUGCCAAUGUGUUUUUUGGUGGGACUCUUUCGUCAGUUCUCCACAUUAUCAUAACAGUGGUUAUCAUUACUGUGGCCACACUUGUGUCAUUGCUGAUUGAUUGCCUUGGAAUAGUUUUAGAGCUCAAUGGUGUGCUCUGUGCAGCUCCCCUAAUUUUUAUCAUCCCAUCAGCAUGUUAUCUGAAACUGUCUGAAGAACCGAGGACACACUCAGAUAAGAUUAUGUCCUGUGUCAUGCUUCCCAUUGGUGCUGUGGUGAUGGCUGUUGGAUUUGUCAUGGCCGUCACCAAUCCUCAAGACUGCACCCACGGGCAGGAAAUGUUCUACUGCUUUCCCGACAAUUUCUCCCUCACGAACAUCUCAAUUUCUCAUUUUCAACUGACAACACAACUUUCAAUUUUAAACGUCAGCAUCUUUCAGUGAGUUGCGUGCUUUAAAAAAUAGGUAUUUUUCAUAGACUUCUAAACUGCGCAAUAACAUUCACACAUGUUUUAGUCUCUAUAUUAUAAAAGUAUUACUUUGGCAUUUAUCAAGACUUGGUUUUUCUUUACUCUUUAGUCCAGUAUAAAAGAUAAAAAGGAGGGAAUUCCCUAGCGGCCCAGUGGUUAGGACUCCACGCUUUCACUGCUGAGGACCCUAGUUAGGGAGCUAAGAUCCCGCAAGCCACACAGUGUGGGGGAAAAAAAAAAAAAAAAAGAUAAAAAGGAAAAGAAAGUUGAA